AUGUCGAAUUUUUUCCAGAGGACUCAGAUACAGACUGCUAGGCCCACCAUCCCGACAAACACGUCUUCCAAACAGCCUGUCUCACAGACUCCUCUAGCCGUCUACCCAACUAAUCAGCCAAUCAUGAAGCCCAUGGCACCCACGCCUUUCCCUUCCCUGCGGGCUGCACAGCUUAAAAACCUUGGGGCCCGGCGACCACCACCCAGGAAGAUCAUCAUGGGCCUGUCUUUGCACGACGAUGUUCAGCUGAAGAAAUCAGAGAAUGCCUGGAAACCAGGCAUGAAGAGGGAAAGCCUCCCAGCGGAACCAGAGUCCAACAAAACACAGGACCUGUUCAAGAAGGUCCGCAGCAUCUUGAACAAGCUGACGCCGGAGAAGUUCAGCCAGCUGGUGAAGCAGGUCUGGGACCUGACCAUCGACACUGAGGAGCGGCUCAAAGGAGUCAUCGACCUGGUGUUUGAAAAGGCCAUCGACGAGCCCAGCUUCUCGGUGGCCUACGGGAAAAUGUGCCGCUGCCUCGCCACGCUCAAAGUGCCCAUCACUGACGCUCCCAACAACACAGUGAACUUUCAAAAGCUGCUGCUAAGCCGCUGCCAGAAAGAAUUUGAGAAAGACAAGGUGGAUGAUGUGGUGUUUGAGAGGAAGCAGAAGGAGCUGGACUCUGCUGCAUCGACGGAGCGUGACCGACUUCAGGUAGAGCUGCAGGAGGCCAAGGACAUUGCCCGGCGGCGAUCCAUCAGCAACAUAAAGUUCAUUGGUGAACUGUUCAAGCUAAAGAUGCUAACAGAGGCCAUCAUGCAUGACUGCGUGGUGAAGCUGCUGGGGAACCACGACGAAGCUUCCCUGGAGUGUCUCUGCAGGCUGCUCACCACCAUCGGCAAGGACUUUGAUUUAGUGGAGGCCAAGCCUCGGAUGGAUCACUAUUUUAAGCAGAUGGAAAAAAUCAUCAGAGAGGGGAAGACGUCUUCACGCACAAGGUUCAUGUUGCAGGAUACCAUAGACCUAAGAUUGCACAAAUGGGUGUCAAGAAGAGCCAACCAGGGUCCAAAGACAAUUGAUCAGAUCCACAAGGAGGCAAAGCUUGAAGAGGAAGAGGAGCAGAGAAAAGUGCAGCAGCAACUGUACUUCAAGGACACCAGGAGACGGCCAGAGCAGAGGGAGCAGAGGGAUCAGAGGGAGCAGAGGGAGCAGAGAGAUCCGCAAGUACAGGGAGAGGAGACCUGGAAAACUGUGCCCAUGAGGAAGAAUGGCAGGACCAUCGACCCCAACAAGAUCCCAAAGAUCUCCGAGAUGGACGAGAAGAUCCAGCUGGGCCCUCACGGAAGUCGUAGCCGUACAGAAAAAAAGUGCAGCAACAAGCCGCUGAUCUCUGCACCGAAAGUCACUGAGGUCGAAUCUGAGCCAGAGCGCAGCAGAGUCCGAGAGCCUGUGAAACCUGAGCCUGUUCAGACGAGAGAGAAACCUGCUCGGUCUGAGGAGGAGAUCGAGAGGAAGUGCAAGUCCAUCAUCGACGAGUUCCUGCACCUUAAAGAUUUCAAGGAGGCUGUCCAGUGUGUGGUGGAGCUUGAUCUGGGCUCUCAGUCGCACAUCUUCAUACGCGUGGGGGUGGAGUCGACUCUGGAGCGCAGUCAGAUCACACGGGACCACUUGGGCCAGCUCCUCUUCCAGCUGGCGCAGAAGGGAAUCCUGCCCAAACCCCAGUUCUACAAAGGGUUUGCAGACACGCUGGAGCAAGCGGACGACAUGGCCAUCGACGUUCCCCACAUCUGGCUGUACCUGGCCGAGCUGCUCAGCCCUGUGCUGAAGGAGGGGGGCUUCUCUAUGAGAGAGCUCUUUAGUGAAUUAAGCAAACAUUUGCUUCCUGUGGGAAGAGCUGGGAUCUUGAUCUCUGAAAUACUGCUCAUACUAUGCAAACAAAUGGGCCAUCGUACUGUGGCUUCUCUGUGGGAAGAAUCAGGCCUCAACUGGACUGACCUUCUGCCGGAGAAAGAGGAUGUCCAGGCUUUCAUCUCACAACAGGUCAGUGAUGAAGAUGAUGCGCCAAACAUGCAGGCUUUGAACAGCCUUGCAGAGUCAGAGACUGAGCUGGAGACAGCCGCUGUUGAGCCUUCUCUCAUGCCCCCCGCUUCACUACAGGCCCAAGCCUCUAGUCCUGCUUACAGAGAGGCCUCCUCUGAAACUUUACCUGCUGACACCACUCCUCAACAGAACCCAGACAUCGAAGCCAGGACAACUCUGGGAAGCCGUACAGGCAGGAAGCGCAGGAAGAACAGAAAGCGCAGCGCAAAGCCGCUGAGCUCUGCACCGUCUCAGCCUGAUCUGUACACCAGGGGAAGCAGCUCAAAGGAGCUGCUGGAGAGUCCAACCCCGGAGGGGCCGCCAAGAGACAAGGAUGCGCCAAACCGGCAGGCCAACCCACCUGAAGCGGCCAACUCAAGUGAGCGUCCCUCAGCCAAGGAACCAGCUUCUUCUCACUUGUCCUCAGUCGAGGAGCUGAAACCCUCUUUGGUGCCACCUCAGACUCUGAACACAGACAAGCCUCUCUUAGACGCCCCUGGAACUCUGGCUGCCUUGUCUGGAGCAGCCCCCACGGCUUUGAACAGCCUUGCAGACCGUACAGGCAGGAAGCGCAGGAAGAACAGAAAGCGCAGCGCAAAGCCGCUCAGCUCUGCACCGUCUCAGCCUGAUCUGUACACCAGGGGAAGCAGCUCAAAGGAGCCAACCCCGGAGGAGCCGCCAAGAGACAGCGAGCCAGAGGGAGCUGUGCCUAGGAGACCGAAUGUCUCAGAGCACAAACCUGAGCCAGAGGGCAGCAGUGUCUCUAGUCCUGUUUACAGAGAGGCCGCCUCUGAAACUUUGCCUUCUGACACCACUCCUCAACAGGACCAAGACUUCGAAGCCAAAUGUGUGAAGACGCUGUGUUUUUACUCCUCCUCCUCCUCUGAUCUCUCUGUUUCUCAGGAGAACCUGACUGAAUCUCACCUGAGCUCGUCUCCCUACCUGAGGGCGUUGAUGACGGCUGUGUGUAAGGCAGCAGUGAAAAAUAACACCAACUGUCGAGUGCACACGGCCCUCAUUCAAAAGAGAUUACCUGUAUUGCUCCAGUACCGGAACUCAGAGAGUGAGCGACAGCUGCAUGCUCUUCAGGAACUUCAGUCGCUGAUCGUCGCCCUCGAUCAUCCUCCAAACCUCCUCAAGAUAUUCUUCGAGUGUAUGUACGACGAGGACGCAUUCUGCAAGUCGGGGACCAGAAAAGACCCGGCCAAUCAGCUGGAUAAGGGCGUGGCCCUGAAGACCGUCACAGCCUUCUUCACAUGGCUGCAGGAGGCGGAGUCGGAAGACAAUUGACGAGUUUGGAUUCCAAACUUUUGCAACGUUCCGCACUUUUUAAUUUAUUAAUAAUAAAAGGUAGUUAAAAAUG